AUGGGGGUGCUGGCUGCUCCCACGGAGUCCAGUUCCUCUCUUGUCGACGAGCAGGCGUUCGUCUGCAGCGUGCCCGCGAGUAGUCCAGAGGGCCUCAGGAGCCUGGCCCUGUGGAAUUGCGACCUCGUGAAUCGGACCAUCCAGGACUACCGCGACGCCAUCGCCGCGGGGAAGGGUUUCAACGACAAUCAGCAGGAGGUGUGGGAGGACAAGGAGGCGCAGGCAGGCGAGGCGUGCCGCAUAGCCGAGGCCCUGCUCAACGGUACCGACUCAGAUUUGGAGAGAGCGGCCAACUACGCUGUCAACGCCUGGGGCACAGUGAUCGCAGGCGGCUCGGAGUGCUGCAUCUACCCUGGGUCACCGAUUUGCAUCAGCAAUGCGGACUGGUCCGUCUCCGUGACGGCCGUCCUGCUCCCCUUCGCGGUACUGCUGCUGCUGUUCGCCGCGUCCUGGCUGACCUCGUGGUGCCUCCCGAAGAAGCGCGAGGAGAGGGCACUCCUGCGCAAGGACACGGUCGAGGUGCAGGACAGCCCGGGGGCGGCGGCGCGCGGAGUUGCGGCGGACGCCGGGCUCCUCGAGGCGGAGCUGCGCGGGGCCUGGCUCGCCAAGAGCUGCCUGCGCGUGCUGCCCGAGGCCCAGGGCUUCGCCGGGGCGUCGGCGAGCCUCUUCAGUGCCCUGAGGGAGGCGUUCGACUUCCAGGCGGACAACGUCCGGAACCAGCACGAGCACUUGCUGUCCCUCUGGCGCUCGCAGGUCGCGCAGGUGGCCGACCGGGCCAUCGAUCGGCAGGAGCAGGUCGACGAGGCCGAGUUGCUGGCCGAGGCGCUGGGAGUCCUCCACUCCGAGCUGCUCGAAGGCUUCGUGGCGUGGCGGGAGAACCUGCGGCGCUGCGCCGGGGCAAGGGUGCCGGCCGCUGCGGGGGGGCUGCCGAGCAUGGCCGGCGCGGAGGCCGCAUGGGAGCGGGGAGGGCAGGCGGGCUGCCGCGCCACGGGGGAGAGCGGGGCGGACCUCUCCCGGAAGCUCGCCGAGGUCGCCGCGUUCCUGCUCGUGUGGGGAGAGGCCGGCAACCUCCGGUUCAUGCCAGAGGUGGUGUACUUCAUCACGGAGUUGGCGCUCGCCGCCGGGGAGCGUGGGCUGGAGCGGCUCUACGGCUCCGCGCAUCCUGGGGGGCACUCGCACCACGGGCCCUACCACAGCGGCCAGUUCCUGGCCAAGGUGGUCCGCCCCAUCUACAACGCCGUCUUCGACGAGUGGUACGAGUCCGUCGACGUGGACCCGGCGAGCCAGAAGGACAAGAAAAAGCUCAAGGCGGGUUUUGAGAACUUCCUCCCGGCCGACGUCGCCAACUACGACGACUGGAACGAGUUCUUCUGCGACCCCGAGAGGCUCGUCGAGGGCCUGAUCCUCCAGGACGGCACCCUGCUCUUCGAGCUCCCCCACGACAUGCGUUUUGCCGCGCUGCGCAGGGUCGACUGGGAGGUGUCGCUCGACGCGGCGGAGACCAAGACGCACCGCGAGAUCCACUCGCUGUGGGGCGUCUUCGCUUCUACCCACAGGGUCUGGCUGCUGCACUGGGUCAUGUUCCUCGCGGGCGUCUGCCUCGUGGCCGGAGACGCGCCGGUGCCGGCCGACGGCAUCCAGCCGCUGCUCGGCACCACGCUGGCACAGCGCUUUGCCGCCGUCGGGCUGCUGGUGCCCGUCCACGCGGCUGCCUGGACGUUCGCGCGGUGGCAGGUGACGGGCCGUGCGGUGCGCAAGCGACGGCGCGGCGUGCUGUGCGUGGGCCGCCUGGUCGUCCGCUUUGCACUUUACGCAGCUCCUGCGGCGACGUAUGUGGCCAUCAGGGCGACGGACUCCGACGGGUUCGUCGAGGAGGGCUACGGCGAGUACCACAACCUCGCCCUCGCCGUGCACUAUUGCGUGUCGAUGCUCGGGCUCUGGCUCUUGCUCUUCUUGCCCUCGGGGCGUUACGCCAACUGGAAGCUGACCACCCAGUCUCUGAGCGGGCGCGCGGUGCGGUACACGUUCUGGUUUCUGGUGCUCGCCGUGAAGAUGGGCAUGGGGCUGAUCAUAUUCAGAACGAUUUUCGAGGCGAUCGAGGACCUCGGGAUCGUAAUGCCAGGGCGCGAGUCCUACAGAGACAUCUCCAAGGUCUACCUGACGACGGGCUGGGUGUCGUCGGUGCUCCGCUGGAUUGUCCUGUGGGCCACGACGUUGCUCCUGUUUGUUUCGGACACGCAGCUCUGGUUCACCCUGGGAUGCACCUUCCUCGGCGUGGGCAUCACCUUCGUCCAGCGGGGUGUCCGCAAGGCCGCCAAGUUUUCCGUGGAGGACGCCGUGGCCAAGAUCCCGGAGCGCUUCUCCAAGAAGGUGCUCUCGUACUCCAAGGCGCAGGCGGCUCUCAAGUCGGACAAGCAGGCCGCCCCCUUCUCGCCCUACUUCCCCCUGAUCUGGGACAGGGUCAUGGAGUACAUGCGCUACGAGGACAAGAUCGACAACCAGAUGAUGGGAGACCUCAGUUUUGGGGUCGGCGACUCGGGCAGGCAGGUGUCCUGGCGAUCCCUGCAGCAGCCCCUGCGGCAGGCGGGGGCGCCACGGCGCCGCGCCGACGAGCAGGACGACGCCCGCGACCUGAAAAGGAGCCGCGUGAAGGUGCCCGACGUGUUCCGCGAGAAGGGCGCUUUCGAGGUGGGCUUCAAGCACUACUGCAACAUCUCGAAGAAGAAAAAACGCCAUUAG